AUGGCUCGACUCGUCGGGUUUUCCGGGAUUUCAAUCUUGCUAGUUCUUUGUUCUUUCGCUUUGAUGACACCGAGUCGUGGUUCAGAUGAAGAACGAAAGUUAUACAUAGUGUACAUGGGAAAUAUCAUUGCGAAAAAUCAACCGACCGAGUCAUACCAUAUGAAAAUGCUUGCAGAAGUUGUCGACAGAAGUUCUGAAAGGUUUCUGCCGCAUUCUUUAGCGAGAAGUUAUACGAGGAGUUUCAACGGAUUUGCAGCUUAUCUCACGCCCCAAGAGCGAGACAAAUUGGCUCGCCACGAAGAAGUCGUGUCGAUUUUCCCUGAUACACCUUUUCAACUCCACACAACGAGAUCUUGGGAUUUCAUGGGGCUCGCAUUAAAUGUCAACCGAAACCCCGCUGUCGAGAGCGACACUAUUAUCGGUGUAAUAGAUACCGGAAUCUGGCCCGAAUCCGACAGUUUCAACGACAAGGGUUUCGGCCCUGUUCCGAAGAAAUGGAAAGGAGCUUGCAAAGGCGGAAACAACUUCACAUGCAACAACAAAAUAAUCGGGGCUCGGUACUACAACAUCAAGUCACCCAAUGACACAACCGCCAGAGACAACGACGGCCACGGGUCCCACACAGCAUCGACGGCAGCAGGGGCCCACGUGGCUGGUGCCAGCUUCUACGGGGUGGCGAACGGGACCGCUAGAGGCGGGGCCCCCUCCGCAAGAAUCGCGGUGUACAAAGUCUGCCGUGCAAACGGUUGCAACCCGGUGGACAUACUUGCUGCGUUCGACGACGCCAUUGCUGAUGGAGUCGACAUCAUCACAAUCUCCGCCGGAGGGGAACAACCUUUGGUUCUCGAUUCCGACUCCAUUGCAAUCGGAUCACUGCAUGCAUCUCAACACGGGGUUUUGGUGGUGCAGUCCGUCGGGAACAAUGCCCGAAAGGGAUAUGCCGUGAGUCUUGCCCCUUGGAUUUUAUCGGUCGGUGCUAGCAGUACCGAUCGAGGGAUUGUCACCAAAGUCGCUCUCGGAAACGGAACCGUAUUAACGGGAAAGUCGGUGAACUCGUUUAACUUAAACGGGAAGAGUUUUCCGUUGGCGUACGGAAAAGAAGUCUCGCGCAAAUGCGACGAAGACGAUGCCAUGUAUGAUUUUUGUUUAUUGAUCAAAUAUUUAGUAUUUAGGGAUUGUUACGAGGAUUGUUUGGAGCCGAGUUUAGUGAAGGGAAAAAUCGUGCUCUGCAGACUCUCCGACUUCAUCGACGAAGUAUUCAUAGCCGGAGCGAUCGGAACGGUUUUUUUACACGAAACGUUUCUACCGCAGGUUCAGGUAGACGAUGUUUCCGAUGUUCUUCCACUAGCGGCAGCCGGUCUGAAGGCGAAAGACUUCGAUUCGAUCCAGACCUACUUCAACUCUACAAAUAAAAAAAAAAAUUAUCGCAGAUCUUCGGAAGUGAACAUACAGACAAGUGAAACUGUAAGAAAUCUUGAUGCUCCUCGAGUUGCUGGAUUUUCUUCAAAAGGUCCGAAUGUCAUCGUUCCGGAUAUUUUGAAGCCAGAUGUGACGGCACCUGGAAUCGAAAUACUAGCUGCGUAUUCACCGUUAGCUUCACCGUCGGAUACCGAUAAAGAUCACAGAUCGGUGAAUUACACGGUACUUUCCGGAACAUCAAUGGCUUGCCCACAUGUCGCCGGAGCAGCUAUUUACGUCAAAUCGUUCCAUCCCAAUUGGUCGCCUUCCGCAAUCAAAUCAGCUCUUAUGACAACUGCAUGGAGAAUGGAUCCGAAGAAGGAUGAACUAGCAGAAUUCGCGUACGGAGCGGGUCACAUCGACCCAAUAAAAGCGUUGGAUCCAGGCCUCGUUUACGAAACAUUACAAGGGGAUUACAUAAAUUUCCUUUGCAACAUGGGAUACACGUCCGCAACGAUAGCGAAGCUACUUAAGGCAAACGCCACCUGUCCGGAUAAACCGCAGACGACGAUUAAGGAUCUCAAUUACCCUUCGAUGACUAGUCAAAUCAAGACUGCCAAAGGAAGUAAAAGUGCUGUGCCUUUUUCGGAGAAAUUCACGAGGACCGUGACGAACGUUGGAGCUGGAAAUUCGACGUACAAGGCGACGACGAGCGCGGGUCCCGCUUAUAAUAUCUCGGUGGUACCUAGUGCUCUAACAUUUGCCGAGGUUAAUGAGAAGAAAACAUUCGAAGUUGUUAUCAGUGGGACAGUCGAUUAUAGGAAAAUGGUAUCGGCUUCGUUGGAAUGGUCUGAUGGUGUUCAUAAAGUUCGUAGUCCGAUCGUUGUGUAUCCCGAUAAUUUCUUAGAUGACAAUUCUAUGCUUUAAUCUUGUCAAUGCAUAUUUUUUUUUUUCCAUUGCUAAAUUGCUGAUUUAUUUUUUAAUAUGAGAUGGUGAG